AUGGCACAAAAAGCAGCAAAUGAGCCUAAUGAGGACGAUACAUCCCUUAACAAGGCAGCCUUUAAGGGUUAUCUUGAUGUUGUUCGGUAUCUCAUUGGUGAAGGAGCACAGGUUGAUCAGCCUAAUGAAAACGGUGUGACGGCUCUUCACUCUGCAACACGCACUGGUCAUCUUGAUGUAAUUAAGUACCUCGUUGGUGAAGGAGCUCAGAUUGAUCAGCCUAAUGAAAAGGGUGCCACACCUCUUCAUUAUGCAUCACGCAAUGGUCAUCUUGAUGUAGUUAAGUACCUCAUUAGCCAAGGAGCAGAGGUUAACAAGGGUGAUAUUCUUGGUCACACACCUCUUUCCUAUGCAUCAAUCAAUGGUCAUCUUGAUGUAGUAAAGUACCUCAUUAGCGAAGGAGCAGAGGUUAACAAGGGUGAUAAUGAUCGUCGGACACCUCUUUCCUAUGCAUCAAGCAAUGGUCAUCUUGGUGUAGUAAAGUACCUCAUUAGCCAAGGAGCAGUGGUUAACAAGGGUGAUAUUCUUGUUCGCACACCUCUUUCCUAUGCAUCACGCAAUGGUCAUCUUGAUGUAGUUAAGUACCUCAUUAGCCAAGGAGCAGAGGUUAACAAGGGUGAUAUUCUUGGUCACACACCUCUUUCCUAUGCAUCAAUCAAUGGUCAUCUUGAUGUAGUAAAGUACUUAAUUAGCCAAGGAGCAAAGGUUAACAAGGGUGAUAAUGGUCGUCGGACACCUCUUUCCUAUGCAUCAAGCAAUGGUCAUCUUGGUGUAGUAAAGUACCUCAUUAGCCAAGGAGCAGAGGUUAACAAGGGUGAUAAUAAUGGUCUGACACCUCUUCACUCUCCAUCACGCAAUGGUCAUCUUGAUGUAGUAAUAUACCUCAUUUAUCAAGGAGCAGAGGUUAACAAGGGUGAAAAUAAUGGUCUGACACCUCUUCACUUUGCAUCAAGCAAUGGCCAUCUUGAUGUAGAUAAGUACCUCAUUAGUCAAGGAGCAGAGGUUAACAAGGGUGAAAAUAAUGGUCUGACACCUCUUUCCUAUGCAUCAAUCAAUGGUCAUCUUGAUGUAGUAAAGUACCUCAUUAGCCAAGGAGCAGAGGUUAACAAGGGUGAUAAUGAUCGUCAGACACCUCUUUCCUAUGCAUCACGCAAUGGUCAUCUUGAUGUAGUUAGGUACUUCAUUAGCCAAGGAGCAGAGGUUAACAAGGGUGCAAAUAAUGGUCUGACACCUCUUCACUAUGCAUCAAGCAAUGGCCAUUUUGAUGUAGUUAGGUACCUCAUUAGCCAAGGAGCAGAGGUUAACAAGGGUGAUAAUGAUCGUCAGACACCUCUUUCCUAUGCAUCACGCAAUGGUCAUCUUGAUGUAGUAAAGUACUUCAUUAGCCAAGGAGCAGAGGUUAACAAGGGUGAUAAUGAUCGUCGGACACCUCUUUCCUAUGCAUCACGCAAUGGUCAUCUUGAUGUAGUAAAGUACCUCAUUAGCCAAGGAGCAGAGGUUCACAAGGAUGCAAAUAAUGGUGUGACACCUCUUCAGUAUGCAUCAAGCAAUGGUCAUCUUGAUGUAGUAAGGUACUUCAUUAGCCAAGGAGCAGAGGUUAACAAGGGUGAUAAUGAUCGUCAGACACCUCUUUCCUAUGCAUCACGCAAUGGUCAUCCUGAUGUAGUUCAGUAUGUCAAGAGUGAACAAGCAGAGAGAAAAGAAGCAUCAACUGAAGGUACAGUUAAACCCGGGUUUAACUAA